AUGAUUUGUUUUAGGAGAGACUUUCUCCGGGCAGGAAACCAAACUUUUCAUGAAACCCCUACUAACGAAACACAGUGUGAUGAAAAGAAGCCAGCAUGCUCAAAAUGCGUCCACCAUGCAAUUGAGUGCGAUUUCCAGUCGGCUACAGCUACACCAUCAGCUCCGUCGUCUUCAGGGCCACCCACACCCGUGCCUCCGAAGACACAGUAUCGUUUCAAGGCUUCCAAAUAUCGAUCUGCUGAGUGCAAUCCUCAGCACGAUUCAGUCCAGCCAGUUCCCGAGGUAGUCACUACAGUGGCUGAAGACAAUGCUCCCAGUCCACCGUUGCAGAGCCAUGACACUUUAUCAUUUACCGACCUACGACUUUUCCACCACUUCGUCACAGAGACCUACCGCACUCUAACCGACGAAGCAACCGACCACAAUCGAGUUUGGCAGACUCAUAUUCCGCAAUGGGGAUUCUCCUCGCCGUCAAUCUUUCAUCUCAUACUGGCUCUGGCGGCGCUGCAUCUCGGCCAUAUCCACCCCGAGCUGCGCACCCAGUAUGUCAUGCAGGCAGAUGACCACUUCACGUUUGGCAUUCAGUCUGUGUCUGCCAUUCUGUCGAGUCUUGACGAAGGGAACUGUCAGCCAAUAUAUAUGUCGACUGUUUUGGUAUGUUUUGUCUAUUUUGGACACGGACCGAGGCCUGGUGAAUAUCUUGUUUUCAGUGAGACAGGAAAGGCCGAAUGGCUAGUUCUCAUGAGAGGUGUGCGGUCGAUUUUGAGGUCGAGUCGUGAGAAAAUAUUUACUGGUGUCUUGGAGAUUCAGAAAGACCCUGCUGUCCAGGGUAUCAGUUCAUUCUUAUUGGAGGAGCUUCAGGAGCAUCGAAGUUAUAUUCUAAGGGUUCAGAGAUUUGUGGAAGUGCAACUUGGCAAGGAUUCCGCAUGUCACAUGUACGUCAAUGCGAUUGAGAAUCUGCUCGAUAUGUUUGAGCAAGCAUACCGUUAUCGACACGCUGGGAAAGAUGGUGUCACCUUGAUGCCAUCAGUCGUUGGGUGGAUAUACCGACUGCCCCAGGAAUUCAUCGGUCUUCUUGAGGAGAAGGAGCCGCUCUCGCUGAUUGUCCUUGCUUAUUGGUGUAUCCUUCUGAAGUUCAUGAGGUCUUCAUGGCUUAUGGCCGGCUGGGAUCUGCAUGUCAUCACAGGAAUUCGGAAGUCCCUUCGACCUGAGUUGCAUGUAUGGAUUGAGUGGCCUGUGAAUUUUAUUUGCGAUAUAUCUGACUGGGUUUGA